CCAGUUGAUUAAAGAAAGCGCGUGAUCUAAUCUAAUCUCCUUCAGAGUGUUAUCUAUAUAUACUACUCCACCACUGUCGGUGACCGUGCUUCACCGCUCAAAUCUCGCUCUAAUUUUCUCCGUUCAAGUCCAACUUACAGUGCUGCUAUCUCAAUUCGGCACAUCGAGAAAUGAGUUUGAGCAAUGGCAAAAAUGAAGCACCGGUAGUCCGAAGUAACGGGGUAGACGGUGAGAUUGUGAACAAUGAGAGCAAGGUGUUCAAGAUCUUCGUUGGGUAUGACCCGAGUGAAGAUCUUGCCUUUGAGGUAUGUCGGCACUCCAUCUUGAAAAGGUCUUCAAUUCCCGUUGAGAUCAUACCGAUUAAGCAGUCAGAUCUGAGAAAGAGUGGAUUGUAUUGGCGUGAGAGGGGUCAGUUUGAGAGUACCGAGUUUUCCUUUUCUAGAUUCUUGACACCUUGCCUUGCCAAUUAUCAAGGUUGGGCUAUGUUUGUGGAUUGUGAUUUUCUCUACUUGGCUGAUAUCAAGGAACUGAGAGACUUGAUUGAGGACAAGUAUGCUAUCAUGUGUGUUCAGCAUGACUAUGCUCCAAAGGAGACUACUAAGAUGGAUGGGGCAGUGCAGACUGUGUACCCAAGAAAGAAUUGGUCUUCAAUGGUUCUUUAUAACUGUGGUCAUCCAAAGAACCGUGUUCUCACUCCUGAGACUGUCAACACACAGACUGGUGCUUUUCUUCACAGGUUUCAAUGGCUGGAGGAUGAUGAAAUUGGAUCCAUUCCUUUUGUUUGGAAUUUUCUUGAGGGACAUAACAAGGUUGUUGAAAACGACCCUCUUACUUUUCCCAAGGCCAUUCAUUAUACUCGUGGAGGGCCAUGGUUUGAAGCUUGGAAAAACUGUGAAUUUGCUGAUCUAUGGGUCAAUGAAAUGGAAGAUUACCGCACUCAAGUUAAGAAAGAAUCUGCCAAUUAGAGUCAAUCAGCUUAACCUUGUUAUUUAUUGAGCAUCAUUUAUAGUCAUGUAUUAUUCUUUUAUGUCAAAUUCGUUCUGAAAAAUCCGAAUCUGGUCAUUCAUGUUUAUGAGAGCAGGAGAGUAGUCACCGCUGGUCUAUAACUAGAGUUUAGUGGUAUUCUUUACAGUAUUACACUAUUAUAUUUAUAGUCAUUUAAGAGAAAAUGCUGUUCAUGAUGUAAUUCAUUUUUUAUUUGUUUGAGGAUUUCCCCAGGACUUUAAGGAGAGGUAGUACAAGCACCACUCUGUAUUGAAUAUUUUAAUGUACCACUCUGUAUUGAAUAUUUUAAUGGGCUUUAGUAGAGAUUAUAUGUUCCAAUAUAGGUAUCAGCUUCUUGCUUAGGCUGUAAAA